CUGAUCGUUUUUGGCCGUGUAAUUGGAAACUACUAACCACUUACAUGCAAACGACAACAGCGCGAGAUAGUGAUGGCGAUAAUGGAAGUCAAAAGUGACUCCAGCCAUUUUACACCACAAAUAAAUAAAAUUGAGAUGCUUCUGAAGUAAACUUGACCACCAUCAGCCUGUCCUGUACAUUUACUGAUUGUUUCUAGAUAUGGUGUAUGUUUGAUUGGUGUUCGUCGAGCGAACAGUUCAAAGGUGUUGCUCAAUCCUGGGAGUUCGUAUAUAAUGGGCUACAACGACACAUGUUUCUAUAUCUCGAUGUCGAGCGAAGAAGAAAGUGCGUUUAAGGAAGUUAAAGAAUCGAAAUCAUCUAAGUUUGGCAGUUCGUCUGGAGAUUUUAGUGAUCAGUCCAAUAAAAUUAUGAUCGAGAUGUCUGAUACAAAAAAUAAUGGAGCCAGUAAGUAUUGAUGAUAGUGAUGGUGGCAAUGGCGAUGAUGAUGGUUGUGAUGGUUAUGAUAGUUGUAAUGGUGAUGGUGGUGGAAUGGUGAUGAUGAUGGUGAUCGUCGUUGUCUGUUGUCUGUUGUCUGUUGUCUGUUGUGCGUUGUCUGUUGUGCGUUGUCUGUUGUGCGUUGUCUGUUGUGCGUUGUCUGUUGUCUGUUGUGCGUUGUCUGUUGUCCGUUGUUCGUCGUCGUCUACUAUUUACACUAGUGUUACUUUUAUAUUCAUCAGCUGCAACAUCAGUGAACUACGAAAACGAGAAAGAUGCCAACAGUACAGGUAACGGCCAUGUAACAGCCUCGCAACAACCUGCAACAAAUCCUGAACAGCAAACUGGCAAUGGAGUUCAUUUCGAGCAGAUGAAGCCACCAGAUGCACUCUCAGUGGGAUCUUCUGUUAAUUAUUUCGUCCCAAGCGAUUCAGACGUCGAAGAUGACUUACAAGAUGCAAUGUCAGGUGCUCUUGCGCCUUCGAAAAUACCAGAGUAAGUAGAGCUUGCCGCUUUAGUUAUACUGGACAUCUAUUUUAGUUGUUAAUUAUUCUACCUUAUUGCAACUAACUUUAUUUAUACUAGUAGAUAGCUAUAUCAGUUCUAAACUGUUCUUCCUAGAGGUCCAGUAAGAAUCAUCUCUUAUUGAUCCAGUGUUACUACAGGAGGAAACCUAAACUAAACUAACUUUAUUUAUAUUUGAUAGCUCUAUCAGUUCUAAACUGUUCUUCCUGGAGGUCCAGUAAGGAUCAUCUCUUAUUGAUCUAGUGUUACUACAGGUGGAAACCUAAACUAAACUAACUUUAUUUAUAUUGGAUAGUUCUAUCAGUUCUAAACUGUUCUCCCUGGAGGUCCAGUAAGGAUCAUCUCUUAUUGAUCCAGUGUUACUACAGGUGGAAACCUAAACUAAACUAACUUUAUUUAUAUUGGAUAGUUCUAUCAGUUCUAAACUGUUCUCCCUAGAGGUCCAGUAAGGAUCAUCUCUUAUUGAUCCAGUGUUACUACAGGAGGAAACUAGAGUAUCUGUGUUUGAUAGAGUGAGAUGAAAUUAUAAAAAGGCAACUACAUAGUGCAUGAAUUGAACCCCAGUCACAGAAGUGAGAGUUACAUUCAAUAACCAGCGAGCCAUUUAUCAUUUUACUGAGUCUAACUUUAUUAUUUCCCCAUAGUUACGUUAUUGAGAUUCCUCCAAUCUCUCCUUACAUUGGAAGAGUCACUAUGAAAUGUCACUUGCUACCGACAAGCUUACCGUUAUGUUGUUUGAAUUUGACAAGCGUAAGUAAAUUUUUGCAAUGUUCUCUGCUUUACUUGCUCUAUCAGUUCUGAGCUGUUUUUACUUAUUGCUCCACUAUCACAACAGGAAUACACCUAAACUAAACUUAACAUUUUAAUAAAUAGACUAAAUAAUUUUUGUUGUUUAUAUUUUCUAGCAAUGUGAACACAAUCCUUGUCCAAGACAGCGAGAAGAAGGCGCCAUUAUUCUAGCCUCUCCCGUGGUUGAGGCUGGCCUUUAUAAUUUCAUUCUUCCCCUGAGAUCCUCCAAUCUACCCCGUCUAUCCCUCAAGCCUAUUGUCCUGUUGGUGGGGGAAGUGUAAGUAGUUUAUGCUACAUAAAUUUUCCGUAACGCAAAAUGGUUCUCCAUCUGUGAAAAUAUUACAAUCCUUACUCGUGAAUGAUCAAUGUGAACUUAUGGUUAUUAGUUGUCACAACAGGAGAUUUUCCCCUCAUGCACGCUAGAAGGUAUAUUAUGCACAUCAUGAUGAGAUACUAUGAACAAAAUUAUGUGCUCCAAAUAAUUUUUCGUAACUAAUACGUGAGACCAAUAUUGAGUCAAUAGUAUAAUAUCGAUGGAUUUCUAUCAAGCAUUUCACACAAAUUUAGUAAAACGACAUUGACAUUUUCCUUUAUUUGUGAACAGGCCUACUGAAAGUUUUCUUCAAGCCAUAUGCUGUUUUCCGAUGUUAUACUACAUUGUUGGCUCUGUAUCCAGGUAAACAGUGUACAUGUAAUGCACAAGGGUCCUAUGUCAGAGUGUCUCCUACUGGACCUCUAGGAAGAACAGUUUAGAACUGAUAGAACUAUUCAGUAUAAAUAAAGUUAGUUUAGUUUAGGUUUCCUCUUGUAGUAACACUGGAUCAAUAAGAGAUGAUCCUUACUGGACCUCUAAGAAGAACAGUUUAGAACUGAUAGAGCUAUCCAGUAUAAAUAAAGUUAGUUUAGUUUAGGUUUCCUCCUGUAGUAUCACUGGAUCAAUAAGAGAUUAUCCUUACUGGACCUCUAAGAAGAACAGUUUAGAACUGAUAGAGCAAUCCAGUAUAGAUAAAGAUAGUUUAGUUUAGGUUUCCUCCUGUAGUAACACUGAUCUUUUAUUUAAGUCUGGACGAUCUACUCGAGGCGGGAAUACUAAAUUCAGAUACAGUAGUGGUGACGCGUACAGCUCACGCUGGUAGUCAUGACGACGAGAAAGAUGAGGAAUUCAUGGCGGAUGCUUUAACCAUUGUUAGCGUUCAGACGAUAUUCAGGUAAGGGAGCUCGCCAGAACAGAGUUUGACCUGAACAGCAAGAAAAUUAUACUAUUGUGAUUUGCUUGCUUAGUAAAACCCAGUGAGGUAAAACCUAACUACACCACUUCUUUAUUACAGAUUAUUUCCACGAAUGAACCUCUCAGUUGAGUUGACUCAUACUUCAAACAUGAGAUUCAUGAAAUUUGACGCUGGCAUAGUGGAAACACUGUUGGAGGAUGACGACAAAGACGAGGAAGCCUGGAAACGAAAAUCUGUCAAGGUAAGUAUAUCUACAGAUGGUUCUAGCAAGCCAGAUGUAUGCCUGGUGCUCAUAGACAUCACCUGACGUCUCGUAAAUUGUAAUAUAUAAAAUGUGAGUGGCUGUGUUGUAUAAGAUAUACAAACAUGAGCCGAACGCAAGUGGCUGUUAACAAAUAGAUAAGAUUUUGCCGUUGUCUGUUUAGUUAUAGAUACACAGUACUAUUGUUCCCAGUAAACUGCGAAGCGACCGUUUUUUCGGCUGUUUGUCAGUGACAGUUUUGUCAAUUACGAAGGACAUAUUUGUGUACUUCGUGAUCACAAUUUGUUGCAAGCGGCGUGUGAAAAACUGCAAGUUUCAGUUUGACAGUUCUGACAGUUAAAUGGUUUCUAAUUUUAUUGUCCAAUCAGGUGCGUAGUUUUGAUUUAAAAUUCAGAACUACGCUCCUGAUUGGACAAUAAAAUUAGAAACCAUUUAACUGUCAGAACUGUCAAACUGAUACUUGCAGUUUUUCACACGCCGCUUGCAACGAAUUGUGAUCACGAGGUACACAAAUAUGUCCUUCGUAAUUGACAAAACUGUCACUGACAAACAACCGAAAAAACGGUCGUUUCGCAGUUUACUGGGAACAAUAGUAAGUAGUAUGACAUUAUAAUGGUGAAAGAACAAAAAAGUGAUCACGAGCCGCCGAGGCGAGUGUGGGUCACUUAUUUGUUCUGCCCACAGACAACGGCAAAAUCUUAUCUAUUUGUUUUAUAUAAUAAAAAGAAAACCGCCGAAUUAAACAGGUAAAUAGCUUACUUUUUAUCCAGCCAAACAUUUGGAAAUUUCAAAAAGUCGAAAUUUUACAAAUAUUACGCGUACAUGAUCUAUACAAAUAAGGGAAUGCUAUUGGAUAAGAGUUUGUGUGACGUAAUUCCGUGCAUCUGUUCUCUAAUAGAUCAUGGCUCUCGAACCAAUGAAGGCGCUUGAACAGGGACGUCGCGAAGCCAUCAACAUUGGGGGGGGGGGGGGGUCAUGUUUUGACCAACAUUUCCUAGGAUUCUGCCCAAGUCGUACAAAUUUUUCCCAAGAAUGUCGACGGGGGGAGGUCAAAAAAUUUUACGGACUAAAAUAAGCAUGGUCGAAAACAUUUUUCCGGACUAAGAUAAACAUAUUCAAUAUUUUUCGACCAAGAUAAGCAAGGCUUCCAAUUUUUUCACCGCAAACAUAACAAAAGCUUUAAAAUUGUUAAAAUUGCGAACCAUUUCAUAACUUUGAGCAACUUCGACCAUCUUUUAUCCCAAACUUUAACCAAAUUUUUCCGAGUUUUACCUUCAAUUUUAAGCAAAUAUCAGUUCCAUUUUGACCAACUUUGACCAACGUUUGAAUUGUUGGGGGGGGGGUGUUACACCCCCCACCACCCUCCACCCCUAUAGCGACGUCCCUGCGCUUGAAUUCUUAAGGUUAUUAUAUAAAUAGCUUAUAGAACAGGGACGUGAAUGCUGUAAAUAUAUGAAAUUAAAUUCUUCAUUAAAACGUGAGAAAAAUGAACUUAACAUAUAUACAAGCUCCUACACCGUCAUAAUUUUCUAUGUGUUGUCUUCAUGAAUCAUCUGGAUGAAAAUGACAAAAUACAGUUAUGAUAUUUGCAAUUUUAUUCAUUUCAGAAAUCAAGAACGGCUACAUCAAAGAAAGCACAUCUCAACUACAUGUUCAGCGAGUCUUUCGCAGACGGCAGCGCGUUCAGUGCUAGCAUGAUUGAUACCCUCUUGUAUCAGACGUUUGUCAAAGACUACAUGAUUGAUCUCAUUGGACUAGCCAUAGGUUUGAAACAAACGAUGGGCUCUGGCUAUCUUACUUCGGUACGUUUAGAUGGUUUUAGAUGAUCAGUUUUGACAAAAAGUGGUGGUCCUGCCUUUUGUCUUUAUUCAAUACUCGCUACGGACUCAUGUGAAAAGAGUCAGCCAACGCUCUGCCGAAAGUCGUGGGUUUUCUCCGGGCGCUCCGGUUUCCACCCACAGGGAAAGUUGCAUGACAGAGUGGGUUAGGAUCAACACAGUUAAGAAAAGUAAUAUCACAAUUGUUGUAAAGAUAAAAAAUAGUCUAGGCUAAGCAUGUAAUUAGGUAAGCCUAUUACUUGAUGUAAAGCGUGUUUCAUCAUAUCAACAUGUAAAUCUGCGCUGGAGAAAUGCUUAUCAUAAUCUCAAGGCAAUAUAAUAAAUGAAUAGUUUGUGUUAUAUAUUCGUGUUUGUUCUUGUAGAUCAAGUUGACAGAAGAUCACAUGUGGCUUGGGAACUAUGGAUGUCUUUAUCAAAGAUUGUGUUCAACAACUGGUGAAGUCCCUGUUGGAAUGUUGAGAACCGAGGAAGUCCAGAAGGUUGGGCAUUUUUACUGAAACUUCAGUUGUAUGAUAAUAAUUCGCUCCUGUCGCACUUGAGAAGAGCCCAGUUUUAAUCGGGUUUUUUCCUGCACUCGGGUUUCUUCUUGCAGUGGCAAUGGAUCAAUAAGAGAUGUCUCAAUACUGGACCUCUAGGAAGAAUAGUUUAGAACUGAUAGAGCUACCCAGUAUAAAUAAAGUUAGUUUAGUUUAGAUUUCCUCCUGUAGUAACACUGGAUCAAUAAGAGAUGUCUCAAUACUGAACCUCUAGGGAGAAUAGUUUAGAACUGAUAGAGCUAUCCAGUAUAAAUAAAGUUAGUUUAGUUUCGGUUUCCUCCUGUAGUAACACUGGAUCAAUAAGAGAUGAUCCUUACUGGACCUCUAGGAAGAACAGUUUAGAACUGAUAGAGCUAUCCAGUAUAAAUAAAGUUAGUUUAAGUUUCCUCCUGUAGUAACACUGGAUCAAUAAGAAGUAACCUUUAUUGGAUCUCUAAGAGGAACAAUUUAGAACUGAUAGAACUAUCCAGUUAGUUUAGUUUAGGGUUUCUUCCUGUAGUAACACUAGACUAUUCAUGAAAUUCUCGAACGUUAUUUUACUUCAGGAGACUACGAUGGGGUCAGGAAAGAGUGCUGAAACGAAAGAUAUUGAAAGAAUAAUAAGAAACCGAAUGAAAUCCUUGAAUAUUGAAGGAGAAUGUACGUAGAGAUUUUUGGGAAAUUGUGGUAAAGUAAAGUAUAUCUCGACUUAAAUGUCUUCUCUGUAUUUCACAGUUGAUAUGAGUGAACAUCGCACAAUAUCGUAUGUGGUUAGCAAUCCACCGCCAGAAUGGCAACUUAUUCCUGGGGAUAUUGUGUAAGCUGUUUUUGCUUCUUGAAAAGUAUAUAUCCGGUGUAUAUCCACACCGGGCAGGCUUGAAAAAUAUGCCUGGCCACGGCGGGAUUCGAACCUACGACCUUUGGUCCUUCCAAAGGUCGUAGGUUCGAAUCCCACCUUGGCCAGGCAUAUUUUUCAAGCCUGCCCGGUGUGGAUAUACACUCAGAGUAACGUCACACAAGCAUAUUAUUCACCUGAGUUUAUUAACUGUGGUACAUUAUACCAACACAGCAAAUAUCAUGAUUAUUAGAUUAUACUGAUAUCGAAGGAACUAGACUCAGUUCCGAAAUAUCGCACACUCGAACCGACCUGACCGCGUAGCUCAGUUGGCAGAGCAUUGGGCUAGUAUUCCAAAGGUCGUAGGUUCGAAUCCCACCGUGGCCAGGCAUGUUUUUCAAGCCUGCCCGGUGUGGAUAUACACUCAGAGUAACAUCACACAAGCAUCUUAUUCACCUGAGUACAUUACACCAAUACAGCAAAUUCACAUGUAGCUAUACGUACGAUCAUCAUAUAUAAAUCUAGCGCUUCUGUGCUUUCGUACACCGGACCCAGUGGAAUAGAUUUUGUCGGCUUCCUUAAGUUAGUUCUACCCCAGCCUUAAUGUGAAUAGAAACGUGCAAUAAAGUAAUGCGUUUUUUCUUCCUUUUAUAGAUAUGUCUUGAGAUCCGGCAACAGAGGCUCGUCAUCAAGAGCAAACUCCGGCCAACAACCAGUGCAAUCGAGUGCCGUAUGAUUGGCGGAAAUAUCAUCACGUGAAUCAAUUCAUACUCCCUGAUUGGAGACCGAAAUUAAUAAUGAUUUUCGGAGGUCACUUUGGAAUUCGUUUUACAAUUGUGUAGCUCUCGGUAAUACGCACAAAAAAUGGUCUUCAGAAUCCGCAUCCAUUCUGGCUUCGGAUGCUUAAGGAAUUAGGUUCAAAAUAGCUUCAGAUGCUUAAGGAAUUGGAUUCAAAAUAGCUUCAGAUGCCUAAGGAAUUGCUUUUACUUAUACUUAUACUAGCAGAAAAAAUACAGAAUGCACUGCACAUUGCACCAAAAACCCAAUGAUUUGUAUAGUUCAGUCCAGUUGAAUGAAAUUUAUUGCUAUAUUCAGUAAGUAUGAAGGUAAGCUGCUGUGGUUUGUGUCUGAGCUGCUUAAAAAUAUUUCGUAUUUCGAGCGUCUUCAGGAGAUUAAAGGCUACUUCAACCGUAUCGUACCGAAACGCGUCUUCAGGAGAUUAAAGGCUACUUCAACCGUAUCGUACCGAAACGUGCUGCGAACUGGUGAGCGUGCGGUAGAUUAUCGUUAAAAAUAGGUUGAUAAAUCCGCUUAUCGAAAUGUUUCAUGUAGUUCAGACACCAUCAAUUUGAGGUACAUAUUGUACAUAAAGAUAAGUAUUAGAUGACACUAACCAUAUAACUAAUUUUUAUAGCAAAAUGGCACUAAUCUUGCCGGUAAAGGAUACCUAAAUUUAAUGCGCAACGCUUGUCUUUAGAUGGCUUGUUUCUAGAGUCGUAAUGUUUAGUCACAGAGUAGAUAAGACAUACAGAGACGUAACUGACCGUUGUAAACACUGCGGCAGAUUACGUUAUCAUGUACCCACUUUUUUUCAGGCGACCGGGCGAAAAAUGAUCAACUGCGCGUGCUCAGCAAGUUUAAAGUGAGUCGUCAUCAGGUCGUCAUCCAAUCAGAUGCAUGCAUCUAGUAACUUGCCGAGCAUGCGCACAAAAAAGUGGGUACACUAGUUACGUCUCUGUAUGUCUCUACUCUGUGGUUUAGUCAGUUUCCGAAUGUGCUUAAAUUAACAUCAGACAAUGGUUCGAGAUCGAGGCUGACGACCGAGAGAUUUAAAUUUUUCUUCCGCUACCAUUAACCAAUCAAAUGCGUUUAAUCUAUCCGAUUAGCUAUCGUUUAAUCAAAUGCGUUUAAUCUAUCCGAUUAGGAUGCGUAGUGGGAUCAAAAUUGAACCUCUCUAACGACAUGGAACUGCUUGUGCGAAGCUGCAUAGAAUAAUAUUGUUAAGCCGGACACAUAUCUUACGAUUCGCGAUUUAUGGUUUAGAUGAAUGGUAUUUAACGAAGUCAAUAUAGAGUGGCGAGAAUAAUGAGCCCUCGGGUCAUACUACCAAAUGUUUCUCGUUCAUUAACAUGCAUCUGAACCAUAAAUCGGUUGACUAAAAUCGUUUACUGUACGUCCCAUUUUAGCCUCGAUUUCAAGCUAUGGUUUCAUGCGCACAAUUUUGAAACGUAACUAGAGAAUUAUUUAUACUUGUAAAUAGUGUACACUAUAAAUUUCGCUUUUGAAAUUAUUUAAAACCAAUAAACGAUUAUUGAG